AUGAAAUAUAUCAACUUAGGUCGAUCAGGUCUAAAGGUAUCUCAAAUAAUACUCGGUUGUAUGUCAUACGGUGUUAAAAGACCUAAAGAUAAUUUGAUAUGGGUAUUAGAAGAAGAAGAAGCUAUGAAACAUCUCAAGUACGCUUAUGAUUCUGGUAUCAAUGCAUUUGACACCGCCGAUACUUAUUCUCAAGGGGAUUCCGAACGUAUUUUAGGAAAGUUCUUGAAGAAAUAUGAAAUACCAAGAGAAAGUGUGGUUAUCAUGACUAAGACUUAUAUGGAAUUUGGUGAAAAAGAAUGGUAUGGACCUGCUGGAUUUGUUAACAAUUCGAGGUUGUCGAGAAAAAGAAUCUUCGCAGCUGUCAAAAACAGUCUUGAACGUCUUCAAACAGACUACGUAGACGUAUUUCAAUGUCAUCGAUUUGAUAAAGAUACCCCAAUCGAAGAGACUAUGCAAGCUUUACACGAUAUUGUUCAAGCUGGAUAUACACGUUACAUCGGCAUGUCUUCUUGUUGGGCAUGGCAAUUUCAAUUGAUGCAACAAUACGCAUUACACAAAAACUUGACACCUUUUAUCACUAUGCAGAAUUAUCAUAAUGCCAUAUAUCGAGAGGAAGAAAGAGAGAUGAUGCCUACUCUUCAACAUUUUGGUGUGGGAUGUAUUCCUUGGUCUCCACUUGGAGGAGGGGCACUUUGUCGUCCUAUUGAUACUGACCCGACUGAACGAUCCAAAGUCAAUAACAAAACCUUUAGUCCUUCAACUCAGGCGAUCAUCCGUCAAGUGGAGAAAAUCGCUUCGAACCGAGGUGUAACAAUGGCUCAAGUCGCGCUAGCUUGGUCGAUUAGUAAACCCUUUAUCUCCGCUCCGAUAGUAGGUACGACUUCUUUGAUUAAACUUGAAGAUCUGAUCAAGGGAUGCGAGUUGGAAUUGACCGUUGAAGAGGUGAAAAGUAUAGAUGAGUUGUACGAGCCGAUGGGGAUCAUGGGGCAUGUGUGA